UUUGUAGAUGGCUGAACCUGUGGCUGAACACGCUGGUGAAGGCAACUGUUUUAAGUUUGUAGUGCGAGGAAACUACGAGGAUACGCUCCGCUACCUCGAGAGGGAAAAGGCCAAACAGCGAGCUGAUGUGAGGUUCGCUUUCGAUACCCGGAAAUGCUCAGUGGACCAGAACUGCCAGACUCCUGAUAAUUUCUUCCACGACGUAUUGCAGCUUCACCAUGCUACUGGCACUAUUCGCCGUAAGAAGGCCCUUAUCGAGGAGAAUCGCAACCGGUACAGCAAAGAUUCUGGUUUCUCGGAUUGGAAUAGCCUAGAGCGAACUAGUCAGAAUAAAGUCAGUAUGGAUAGGACGCCUAUCAGCCAGAUUCAGUUUCAGCCGCCAAUUGACACAAGCGAUUUAGUGCUGGACCAAAACAUAAUCGAUCUGAUUGAUCUUGGUAGGUUUUCUCACCUUACGCGACCUGACCCACUUGAGCACGUCCUGGAGAACCAGAAAGCGCACUUCUCCUCUCAGAGCAGCUUAACUUCCACAAGCACCUGCACAUCUCAAAGCACUUGUGCAUCCCAAAGCACUUGUGCGUCUCAAAACACGCCACAUAGCAGAGGAUAUCGUAGUUCCCUGCCAUGUAUUCAAAAUACGCCGCAACAUAGCAGGUCGUCUCGAAGUUCCCUGCCAGCUAUUCAAAACACGCCACAACAUAAUAGAUCGUCUCGAAGUUCCCUGGCUUCAACUACCUCUUCUCAACCAGGCCAGAUAUAUAACCACAGUGAUUCCUACCAGAGUGACUACAGCGAGCUGGUCCCAGAAGAGGUGGACUACUUUGACAAGCACGCUCUGGACAUUGAGAGGAUCAGUCCUACACAGGCCACGGUGCAGCUGAGCAAGAAAGUGCGAAACAAGCAUCUCCAGGAGGUGAUCCGGACUAAUGUGAAGAACAGGGUCUCAGCCCAGUCCACUCUCUCUGAUCUCUUCGAGGAUCUGGAUGAUUUGUGUGAUGGGAUAGCUAAUAGGAUACAAGAGAAGCUGAUCGAGAAGACUGAUAGUGGUACAGGGCCGUCUAGUCCGUUUUCAGAUAGAACAAGACGUGUAUCUGCUUUUGAUAGCCCGAUCCUUCCUAGAAGAACUUCUGAGUACACCUCCAGAGAAACAACCCCGGUCCCCAACAAUGCUAAUCAGGAUCCACUUGAUCCUGCCCGUAAAUCUUCCAUUAAUUUGGAACUCGACUUGGAUCGAAAUAAUUCUAUGAAUGUGGAGGUGCCUCGAUACAAGAACACUGAAACUCAGUACAGUCCUGAGCUGAAGAGGAAGAAGAAAGGCAAGACAAAGAAACUCUUCAGAUCUAACUCCGCUGGUGAUAUCCUAGACGAAGUACCACAACUAUCUGAACUUCGAAAGAUUGAAAACAAAAAAGCAACUUCCAUGAAGAGAAAAUCGUCCUUAUUUGAUGAUUUCAAACGGCGAGUCUCCAUCAAACCAUCAGCGAAGGCACCAACACUAGCACCAACACCAGAACCUCCCCAACCCCCAACACCUCCUCCAGAGAUAGAGUACAACGAGGACACAACCAAAGACAUCCAGACUCCCCGUUACAUCCACAAGCAGCACGCCAAAGUCAUGUCAGAGAUCAAGGAUGCUAUGGAGGUGGCGCAGAUGGACAUCCCAGCCAUGUUCAUAUACGAUGUGGAUCUCCAGAACGAAGUGUGGGUCUCCCAGCCUGGUGAUAAGAGGAUAUUCCAGCUGGAGAAGGCUUGUUAUGUUUGUAGGGAGGGGUUUAAGAAGAGUGCUUUUAUUGUGUGCAGCGGUGGUCUGUUCUGGCAUUCCGCCUGCUUUUUGUGCGUGCAGUGUUUCCAACCGUUCAAGGACCCCAACGACCCGUCCCAGGAAAGCGUGUUCUACGAGCACGAGGACAGACCCUACUGUCACAACUGUUACACUGUCAACUUCGCUCCCAUGUGCUUCACUUGUGGUGGCUGGGUAAUAGGACGUGUAAUAGAAGCUCUGGAUGUGAAGUGGCAUCCGGAGUGUUUCGGGUGUUACAUGUGUGGUGCGGAGCUCUGUGAAAACGGUUUCUUUAAACAUAAUGGCAGACCGAUCUGUAUUGACUGUCACGAUCUGCUGAAGAAGAAGAAGAAGUAUAUCUGUAACAAGUGUUUCACGCCGAUAGAAGAGUUCGUCUUGUGGUACCUCAAGGAAUCUUAUCAUCCUUAUCAUUUCUCAUGCCAGAAUUGCUAUAAACCACUGGAUAACAAGUACAAAGAGAAAGACAACCAGUUCUACUGCCAGCUGUGUUUCGACACGGUUAUACAGGAUGUGUGUGCUGCGUGUAAGAAGGCUAUAGAUGGACGUGCCAUCAAGGCAGCCAGCAAGGCUUGGUGCCCUGAGCACUUCCUGUGUUACCAGUGCGAGCGACCCUUAUCUGGGGACAAGUUCAUGUUGAACGAGGGUAAACCCUACUGUCAGUACCAUUACAUGAAGAUGUUCGGAGUAAGGUGCUUCUACUGUGACAACCGUUCCAGUAUGCAAGUUAUCAAGGUGCUGAACAAAAACUACUGCGAGAACCAUUUCUUCUGUACCGGAUGCGAUACUCUUCUCGAGGAAAAGAAGUCAAAGGUCAUAGAGAUGGAUAUGAAGCCGUACUGUCGGCAUUGUUACGACAAAUUCCCCUCUGAUAUGCGACGCAAGCUUCUCGAUAGCGCUAACAUGACCGCCAAGAGCAAGAAGCAGACGAUGAAAAAAGACAAGAAAGGCAGCAUGAAGAAACCAAAGAAGGAGAAGAAGGCAGAUAACCGGGAAAUCACGAAUGCCACCGAGACUGCCUCAUAGGAAAUUAUAGCGUUUAGACGAUAUUAUAUAAUGUGAAAUUGUAAAUUUUAAACAUUUUUGGGAUAGUUUAACGAUGGAAUGCGCUGAAGAAGCAGCAACAUUGUUCGGCCCCAUCUAAGGAAUUCCCACACCUGUGUAUAAUACGAGAGAGAUUCGUUACUGCACAUUAAAAGCCAAGUGGAAGAGUAGUUAUUGACGUCAGAGUGGCGUCAGAGUGGCUGUUAAUUUAACACUGAAGACAAUCAAUAUAACGUAAUGUGUAGCCAUACAUUGUGCGAGAUGUAGCUCUGUUGUUUGAGAAAUGAACACACUCAUUGAACAUUAUUUAUCAUUAUUGCUUGUAAUUCCGUGAAAAUUGAACUUUAUUUUUUCUGGUAUUGUAGUAGAUUGGAUACUCAACGAAAAAUCGUUAAAGCACCUAUUCGACUCAUUCAGUUUUUAACUUCACUUAUGUUUGAUCUUUUAAUUUUAAGACGUUUUAACCCCUAGUUCAGUACUAAUUAAUGGAUUGUACAAUAAUUAAAAUAGGAUUCAAGGUUUAGCAAUUAUGUCUUUUAAUCUAGAACAGUUUUACGUAAGUUAAAGGCGGAAGUUUUGAGAAUAUUGGGUUUUGCAUGUAUCCGCGUGACAAUAUAUUCUCUUUAGCGUAGUUUGUAGUCCUGGAUUGGAAAACUUUUUUUUGUUAGUUUAAAUGAUUUUUGGAAGUGAUGUACGAACAUUGUAUGUAAGGUGGAAUUUGUGAGUUUAUGAUUUAUUGUACCGUGUAGCAAUGUUGCAUACCAAUGCGUUCUACGCUCUAUAAAGAUUGUAAAUAUUCGGAAAUUAAGUAUUAACUCUUACUUGAACAACUGGGGUAUGAAUUAACUCAACUUAUUUUUAUUCUAAUUUCUCAAAAAUGCGUACAUAAAAGAGCAAUAUUAUAAUUAUGAGAUACAGAUUUUGUAAAUUGAGCUUAAUUUUUGUAAAA